CAGUCAUGGCGGCGUGCGGCACAGAGUUCGCGCUUACUUUUAAAAUUCUAAAAACAUGUUCAACUACAAAAGCCAGAACUUCCGUACUGACCCUUCCUCAUGCUAUUGUAAACACACCUGUUUUUAUGCCUGUUGGUACUCAAGGAACUCUGAAGGGCCUUUUACCUGAACAAGUAGAGGAGUUAAAUUGCAAUAUGAUGCUAUCGAACACUUAUCAUCUCGGAAUGCGCCCAGGUCAGGAAGUGAUAGACAAGGCAGGUGGUCUUCAUAAGUUUAUGAAUUGGAAAAAUGGAUUACUUACUGACAGUGGUGGCUUUCAAAUGGUAUCUUUAGUGAAAUUAUCUGAAGUGACCGAAGAGGGUGUAAAAUUUGUUUCUCCAUAUGAUGAAAAGGAGAUACUUUUGACUCCUGAGAAGUCCAUUGACAUCCAAAAUAGCAUAGGUGCUGAUAUCAUUAUGCAAUUAGAUGACGUAGUCAGCAGCACAAUAUCAGGGCCUAGAGUUGAAGAAGCAAUGCACAGGACUUAUAGAUGGCUUGAUAGAUGCAUAAAAUAUCAUAAGAAGCCAAAGAGUCAAAAUUUAUUUCCUAUUGUUCAAGGUGGUUUAGAUCCUGAGCUACGAAAACAAUGUGCAGAAGAACUUCUGAAAAGAAAAGUUGCUGGUUAUGCCAUAGGUGGGCUAAGUGGAGGUGAAUCAAAGGAAGAAUUUUGGAAAAUGGUUCACUUAAGCACUGAUCUCUUGCCAAAGGAGAAACCUAGAUAUCUAAUGGGUGUUGGAUUUGCUCUGGAUUUAGUUGUUUGCUCUGCUCUUGGAUGUGAUAUGUUUGACUGUGUUUUUCCUACCAGAACUGCUAGGUUUGGAACAGCACUCAUCCCUGGAGGAGAGCUUAAUCUGAAAAAUAAAUCUUUUGAAAAUGAUUUUAGACCUAUUGAUGAGUCAUGCAACUGCCCAACUUGUGUUCGCUACAGCCGUGCCUACAUUUACCAAAUCAUUACCAAAGAGACCGCUGCAUGUCACAUGAUUAGUACUCACAAUAUAGCUUUCCAAAUGAAUUUGAUGAAAUCAAUUCGUGAAAGUAUUCUUGAAGAUAGAUUUCCUCAGUUCAUAAAAGAUUUCAUGUUGAAAAUGUUUCCAUCUAAAGAGUAUCCUGUGUGGGCUGUAGAUGCUUUAAAAGCUGUUAACAUAAUUUUAUGA